GUCCAGAGAAUUCCUUCGAGUUCAACAUGGAAAUGCUCUCCUCCGAGACUGGUAGACGGACAGAGUCAGUUGUAUGGAAUGCUCUACUGGUGGAGCUCUAGUGAUGGCUUUGUUAUUGGUUUGGACCCCUACUCCAACGACAGCUCCAACUCGGCUAAAUAUUGUUUCCAUUUCAUCGAUGAACCUCAAGAUGAGUUGGAGUCGGAGUAUGGAAGAACAUUUGAUUUCAUGGGUGUGUCUAGUAGAGGGCGUUUGCGAAUGUGCCAGUACUCCCCCGCGUGUGUUGGUGAUACCGAUGGGGAUGUGAGUGUUUGGGAGUUGAAAGAUGACCACCAGAUGGACAAGGAAAUGGACACGGACGACGUUGCAUCUGCAUGCAAUGACAAUAGCAGAUGGUGUUUGGUAGGCAGAGUUACCCUGUUACAUAUGCUUCCGGAAAACCAGUUUAUGAUAACAAGGAAAUAUCAUAGCAAAUGGCUUAACACAGUUAUGGUGCUCGCUUUCCACCCAAAUGAUGAUGAUAUCUUGUAUUUAGAGUUUUCUCAACAAAUCAUCAUGUCUUCCCCUUGGUGUUCCCGUGGUGGCCGACACCAAUACUUACUCGAGACACAAACCAGCGGCCUCCUCCUCCUCCUUGAAUUCCCAUGUGCGCCGUAUAACCACUUAUACUACUAGUACUACUGGAACCAGACGAGCCAUCAAGUGAAUGUUGCAAAAAAAGAAAAGAGAAGCUGGCCAUUGCUUGUGCUUCCUCAAUCCUCCACCGAAAAACAAUGCUAGCGCACUCCAUGCAUGCAAGGCAGCUAGCAACUAAUUCGAAAGGUUUCGAAGCUAGCCGAUGAGGCAAGAGAAAAAAAGUUGCAACGUCCCUAAUUUGGUCUGAAUUUGAUGUUCAUAGUUAAUAUUAUAUACGUCCCAUUCGGAUUGCUACUAGUUAGGCUAGUUUAAUUAAUACUUGAUUGCCACUUGUAAGUUGUAUGUAAAUGUAAGUGUGUGUUCUCGUCUUGAUUAGAUUUAUGUUAUGUUAGUACGUGUAUAUAUAGUAUACUUGAUUUUAUA